AAUCCCAAUAGAGAGAGAGACAGAGAGAGACAGAGGGGAGAGUAUCAGGCGGGCAAUGUGAGAGAGCGAGACAGAGAGAGCGAGAGGAAGAGAAGAGAAGAGAAGAGAAGAGAAGAGAAGAGAGGACGAGAACAGAGAGGAGAAAGGCGGGUUGGGUUCGAUCAUGUUGAUGGAGGAGUGUAUGAGGGAAUGUAUGAGAAAGCUUGCACUGUGGAAUACCCGAAACUUCAAGCCCGUCAUGGCGCACGACGAGCUGGAGCCCAUCAUGGCCACCCUCGGCUUCGUCCCGCUUCCCCUUCCGCCCUCCGCCGAUUGGAGGGAGUAUUACUAUUGUGGUUCUGCCGCCGUCGCCGCCCCCGCCCCCGACCAGCCGCCCCCAAGCCCCCGCCUUCCUUACCCCAGAAUCGACGGCCUCCACCUCCACACCUACUCCGCCUUCUUGGACGCCCUCAACUUCCAUCUCUGCCGACCGGACAUCUCUGAUAUCUUCCACAUUCGGGGGAUGCCACUCCAUAAAGUUCAUGACCGCAGCAAGAAGUGGCGUCGAAUUGAAGAAGAUGAUAGUGUCUUUGUUUACAGAGAGGGGACGCUGGAUCAAGCAGCCUGUGCCCACUAUCAGAAAAACAAAAAUGAGAAUAGCAGUGGCAUCAAGAGAAACAAUUCAAUGCUCAUCCGCAGCAAGGGCAACAAUAUGCCGAAAGCCUUGGUUGUUCCCUUGACAGACAUCAUAGGGAGAUAAGGGUAGUUUGGAUAUUUUACAUAAACCUGGUACAGAAAGAACUAGAAUAAACCUGGUCGGGGCAUUCCCCGAAUAUGUUUAGUUUAAGCCAAUUAAUUGUCUGUUUUGGGCAUAAGAACUAACAUAAGCCUGCCUGCUUUAGUGGCAUUCACAGUGCUAGGUUGCUGCUGGCCAAUGACCCAAUUUUUCUGCAAGAAUUGGAGAAAAAUGGCGGAGAGGCAUAGAUGAUGAAUGGGAUGGUGAUGUGUGUUUGGAUUUCUGUCUCUACUUUUGAACUGAAGAAAUGUUGACAAUGGUUUCUUUGGGAUGGUUGGCUGGAUGGCUGGAUGAAUGGAUGAUGAAUAUGGAUAAACUGUUUGCAAGCAGAAAAGCGGUUUAUAUCCUAUCUAAACUUCCUUGCUCCUAUAAAUCUUUCUUGUUUGCUUGAUUGAUUGAUUGUUUGUUUUUUUUUUUUUUAACCAUCAAAGAUCCUGGAUAAGCCUCAGGUGCUGCUCCUAUCUGUCACUCGGUAGUAAACCGACCUUUCUGCAAUUUGUCCCGUUUUGAAUGGCAGGCAGAAAGAAGUAUAUUUGAUUAGUGUACGAUGUAUAGUUCCUUCAAAAGGGCUUCUGGAUAGUGGUCUCUAACAUAUGGGUUAUGGGCCUUGAGCUUUCAGAAGAUUCCAAAAGAAUGUUUUGGUUUUGGUUUGGGACUGGGCCUGUCACUACGACACCUGGAAGAAGACAAUGAGACUGGGCAUCUUGUUUCUGG